GAAACAGAGUGAAGCAAAAAGCUAAUUAAAAUCGAAUCUGAAAAAACAGGGAGAGAAAGAAUGACAACAAGAGAUAUGGAGAUAGAAGGAGAUCUAGAGCUGUUGAUACCAGUCGCAGAAAUUCCGCAAAACGCAAAAUGUAAAACGUCGUCGUCUUCAUCUACCGUUGGCUCCUCUUCCCACCGUCUUUCUGGCCUUGAGGCAAUAUCAAAAGUAGUACGCAGCUGGGCUUCAAAAAAGUUUAUGACAGGAUGUGUCAUUCUUCUUCCAAUAGCGGUCACAUUCUACAUUACGUGGGGUUUUGUUCAUUUUGUGGAUGGUUUCUUCUCUCCAGUCUAUGAUCAUCUGGGUAUCAAUAUUUUUGGUCUUGGGUUUGCUACAUCCAUCACUUUUAUAUUCUUAGUUGGCAUUUUCAUGUCAUCAUGGUUAGGAGCUUCUGUUCUUACUAUUGGGGAAUGGUUUAUUAAGAAAAUGCCACUCGUAAGCUAUAUAUAUUCUUCCUCAAAGCAAAUUAGUGCUGCAAUAUCUCCAGAUCAGACUACUAAUGCCUUCAAGGAAGUGGCCAUCAUAAGGCAUCCUCGUAUUGGGGAAUAUGCAUUUGGAUUUAUAACAUCCACAGUGAUUCUUCAGAGGAGUAUGGGUGAAGAAGAACUCUGCUGUGUCUAUGUCCCCACCAAUCACCUGUAUGUUGGAGAUAUAUUUCUCAUAAGUACAAAGGAUAUUCUGAGGCCCAAUUUGUCUGUUCGAGAAGGGAUUGAAAUCAUCAUCUCUGGUGGCAUGUCAGUGCCUCAAAUAAUGACCACAAAGGAUGCACAAACCAUUCCUGCAGCAAGACUUUGCAAAUACCCUUCAUCAAAAGUAUAACUGCGGGAAUCUUUUCUGAUGUGCCCAAAAAAAGUAUAAUUGUGAGACUAACAUAAGCAAGUUCUCGUUUAUAGUUUUUUGUUGAGAAAUAACCAACAACCAUUAUGUC